AUGUUUAAGGAAAUAAGUAUGAUAGCUGGUUUACUUGGAGAUAAUAAUGCUUUUUUAAAUAAUAAUAAAAGAUUAGGUGAUGGUAAUACUAAUAUAGAUAGUAAUAGUGCAUUCCAAGCACAAUUUAUGAAUGCCGCUGUUGCUUCAUUAACUGGAGGUGGACAACAAAAUUGUACUUUGUCUACAUCUACUAACACUUUUAAUAGUAUUGAUGGAACACAAAAUAUGUAUAGUCAUGGUGGAAUAAUUAAUAGUCAUAAUAGUUCUCUUAAUAAUAGUCAUCUUUUUACUGAUUCUCUUAAUAAUGGUACACAAGUUUUAAUAAAUGGGGGAAGAUUUAAUCAAUCUUCUUCUCCUGAUACUAAUUCUCCUAAUUCACAUUCACCAAGUUCUGCUGAUAGUUCUAUUAAUCAAGUUCUUGGAAAUCCACAUUCACAACAACAUCAAGAUCAAUUUAAUAGUAUCACUGGUUUAUUUCAUCAUCAACAACAAUUUAAAACAGAACAACCAUUUGAUGUUUCUGGUAUUAUUAAUAAUAUGAAUAAUUUUAAUGGACAUCUAACUUUUCCUCCAUCUUCUUUAAGUUCUUUUACCCAACUGCCAUUUCAACAUAAUACUACUUCUAAUUUUUUAUCUCAUGUUAAUUCACAUCAAAAUCCCUCAACAAUGUUAAUGAAUUCACAAUUUACCUCUCUUGGUAGUGGAAGUAGUAAUAUUGGUAAUUUACCCUUACAAAAUAAAAUUCAAUCAAUUAGAAGGUCCCGUACAUUGACUGAUGGAAUGGUAAAAUGUAAAUAUUGCCCAAAAAAAUUUCAAAAUCAUGAUGUGUUACGUCGUCAUAUGGGUGAUUGUCGAUCAGUUCGAUCCCAUGAAUGUCCACAAUGUGGAAAACGUUUCAAGGCUAGGGGUGGUCUUCAACAACAUGCCAGAAUUCAUUUACAAGAAAGAAAUUAUAAUUGUAGAUAUUGUCCAAAAAAAUUUAAUCAAAAAAGUCAUGUAGAUCAACAUGAAAGAAUACAUACAGGUUCUAAACCAUUUACAUGCCAAUUUUGUGGUAGAAAUUUUAGGCAAAGAUCCCAACAAAUGGGUCAUGAACAGACGCAUUUCAGUAGUGUUGUUCCAGAGAAAGUUGAUCAAAUUACAGGAAAUGUUGUUCAUGUUGCUGGAAAAGAUAAUAAUUUAGAAAAUAGAAGAAAUGAAAAUAAUAAAGUUACAAAUGAAAAUAAUCAUAUAUCUGGAACUACUUCAUUAGGAGAUUCGGAAGUAAAUAAUAUUCAUAAAGCACCAUGA